UGGAGGGAAUCCCUCUGAGCUGGCGUCGGCUCCGCGCUGCGAAUCGGCCGCUGCCAAAUGCGCGGCUUGGUCCGUGCGUUCAGGGUGUGAGCACGUGCGCGGUCACACGCACACGUGGCAGAGAGCCCUGCACGUCCCAGCCAGCGCACCCCAGCAAGAGCGCCGCGCGGACCAUCUACCCGGCAGACGAGCGACACCGCCAGGGCGCUGCGCGCGUGUAGACGUAGAGGGGUAGCGGGGGGGGAGUCCGUGCGGAGUGUGUGGGGUGGGAGGGUCGCGUUCCCCAUGCGCCUCCACGCGGCGCCGUCCCGCCUGGGCGCGCGUCCCCGCGGUCCCGAGCCCGUGUCGUGGUCGCGGGACGAGCGCGUGAGCGUGAGCACGGAGCGCGGUGUCCGCGUCGCCGAGAUCCUCCUGCUGGGCGCGGGCGGUGGCGGGGGGGAGGAGGGGGGGGAGGAGGCGCCCGGGGCGGGCGACCCGCGGCCUCGACUCCGCGUCACCGCGCUGCAGAUCCCCUCCGCCACCUCCGCGGUGUCCGUGGGGCCGCAGCAGCAGCAGGAGGAGGAGGAGGCGGCGGCGGCGCACGCCCACCUGGAGGAGGCCGGCGAGGAGGGGACGCUGGGAGCCGCAGAUCGCCACGAGUUCGCGCUGCACCGCGGCUUCACACGCACGCACGGCGCCAACGUGCCGCUGCGCGGUGGCUGCGUGUGUGCACGCUGGAGCCCCGUGGGGUGCGACGUUCGUGGGCGCUCUAUGCUCGUGUGCCUCUCCUCGGAGGGCUUCGUCUCGCUGUGGGUGUGGGCCGAGCGGGACGUCCACACCUGGUCGUGCCUCGCCGACCUCACCCAAAUGUACAGAGACAUUUUAAAGAAGGAAAAUUACCACGCAGCUGACGGGGCCUCCCUCAAAGACUUUGACGAAUUCAAGCGGAGGAGCCAGAUGCAGGCGCCCGUGAGCGUGGAGUGGUCACGCAUGUUCACGACGACGCGCGUCAGAGACAAGUCGGGCGCUUGCGAGGAGAUUCACUUUGCCCUCCUCGCCGUGAUGAUGGCCAGCGGCCACAUCGUCGUUUGGCAGGUGUUGGUGCCGGCCAGCACGAGUGCCCACGUGGUGUUGGGCUCGGUGCUGGAGUCGGGCCUGGCAAGCCCCCGCUCGCUCAGCUGGUGGGCCUGCCACGUGGGCUCGCAGAACAUCAACGGACUUGUCGUGGGAGACUCCAUGGGGCAAGUGCGCCUCCUGCCGGUCAAUCUCUCUGCUGUCAAGGGCUACUUCACACUGCGGCAGCCAGUGACCCUGUGGUCAAGCCAGGACGGCCUGUCUGUGAACUUCAUCCGCACACUUGACAUGGUGCCCUCGGGCGACACGAGCGUGCACGGAGCAAAGCUCCCCUCCUCGCAGGGCUCGGGCGCGCCGGCCGCUCAGCAUGCCGGGGGCACCGGCGUCACCGAACAAGCCGGCGCACCCGGUGGGCCUCCGCAGGCGGACCCCGCGCGGCCAGCGACCGCCCCCAAGGCCGUCGCCAAGACCGCCUCCAAGGCCGCCCCCAAGGCCGGUUCCCACGCCCGGGCGAGCCCCCACACGGGCGCGCUGCCCUCGUCGACGUCGCAGUGCGGCCGCACGAGCGUGGUGCUCGCUGCCCGCGGGCCUCACCUGCUGGCAUGCGUGGUGUGCGUGAGCGGGGGAGGAAUGAGCGUGCAGACAGCGCACGUCACGGGCCUGCACCCGCAGCCAAUCUGCGGCAUGGCCGCCGUCUGCUCGAACCGUUGGGGCGACGGGGACGGCGGAGGCGGCGACGGGGGGAUGGUUUACACCGCCUCUGCCGAUGGCUCCCUGUGCUGCGUGUGGCCCGUGCUGUGCAGCAGUGGUGGCGAGGGCGAUGUCAGCGUCAGCAUCCCCGCCGUCGCGGGGCAGAGACGAUGGGUGCGCUUCGAGAGGCGCAUCAUGAGGCUUCCGGGCCCCCUCGGCCGCGCGCGCAUCCGCGGCCUCGCGGCAUCACCCAACGGAGCCUUCCUCGCCGUGCUCACCACGGAGGGGCUGUCCGGUGGGGACAGCGAGGAGGAGGAGGUGGCGUCGGGCCAGGAGUGCAAAGCGGGGCGAGACGAAUCUGCUGAGAAACAACGGACUCGGGGAGACGGCGAGGAUCUGGGCUUCGGAGACGCCUGCGAGCGAGACCCGGCCACGAAGCCGGCGUGCCACCGCAAAACACCGAACCGAGAUGGUGGCCACGCGGACGGUGACUUCCCCGUCACUCUUGGCCUCCACCCUCCGCAAAGGACGUACUCGCUCGCGUUCGUCUCGCUCGUCAACCCGGACGAGGCCUUCAGGCGCUUGGUCUCCGUCCCGCCGCCCGACUCGCCCUCUUUGUCCGCUUGCGGCCUGGCGUUUUUGCGGGCCGACCUGCUGGAGGUGCUGCGCUCGCACUCGCUCGACGUCGGAGGCCGGGUGCCUGCCCCCAUGCUGGCCGAGUUGGACCGCCUGACGGAGGCGAAGGAGAGUGGCGUGCGCUCGCGGGACCGGGGCCGCUGGGCCGCCUACCUCACGCGCGUCAGGCUCUAUCUGCUGCGCUUUGCCAUUCACGCCCGGGGGAGGCCGCGGUCACGCUGGCCGCCGGUAGGGGCGGAGGCCUUCGCUCGGCCUCGUCCAGCCACGGGAACCGGUCCAGACGGGGCCGGCAACGGCGUCGUGUCCGGCGUCAAAGAUGAGAGUGUGGACGGCAUCAAAGACGAGGAGGACGAUGACGACGAUGACGAUGGCGGUAGUAACGCAGGUGGGGAAUUUAACACUGCAGACGCCACAAGAAUGAAGAGCACGGAAGCUGUCAGUGAAGGUGCUGAGCACGAGACGGAAGACGACUGGCUUCUGGCCGAGAUCCGGCGCAGGGAGAGGGUGCUGGCCCGGGGAGCGGCGUGCCGUGUCCUUGAGAGGGCCUUCCUGUGCACGCGCUUUGACCUGCACCUGCACCUGCCAGCGCGCGGCCUGCUGAGCUUCAUCACCAGUGGGGACACGAGCGCGCACGCCACCGAUGCACAGGUGCUGGCUGCGAACAUCCUGAAGAAGAUCGGCAAGCAGGACAUCCAGGAGAAGUGCGUGCUGUGUGCCGCGGUCAUCCCCUUCGUGUCGCACGCCAAAGCAACCUGCGCCAAUGGACAUCAGUGGCUCAGGUGCGCGGUGACAUUCGCAGCUUGCCAGACGUGGCGGUACCGGCGGUGCAUCCUCCACGACAGCGUGGCGGCCUUCCCCAAGGCCACGGAUCCCGAGUGGAUGAAGCAGCACCUGGACAGCCCGUGCAUCUACUGUGACUCACCGUACCUGUGAGGUGCCACGUUUACAAAACCGUGCAACCUCUGGGCCCAGUUCCGCGUUACUCCCCCGCCCCCCGCGUCUCACAUCACAUUGUCUUUAACAGGGCUGCGCUUUACAGCCCCAGCUCUAAUGCCAUUGCGCGGGUCAUCGAUUGCCCCCUCUGAUGAUCGGUUCCUAUUUCUCGACCGAUCGGACAGCAAUAAAAUAACUUUUAAAAGUUU